GACGGGUCGACGUCACACCCCGAGCUGCUACAGCUGGAGAAAACGAUGAGAACAGAAGCGCGGGUCGUUGGUUCUUUCUGUGUCCCGGUUUGAACUGGACUCCCAGUCUGUUUUUGUUUUUUGUUUUUUGUCACAGGAACGAUUUCAAGGCGACAAGCGAAGCCGACCGUCUGAUAAAGCAGGUCUGGUGAAGUUUGGCCAUGCAGUCGUUGACCCAGGAGAUCCGGAGCUUCUCCCGGACUCGCCUGCGGAAGCAGUGCACCCGAGUGACGUCGCUGAGUGGCCGACGCAUCAUCGAGACCUGGAAGGGUUCGACGAUUACCGUGGUCGAAGACCCUGUCCCGCCAGAGAAGAUGCUGGGCUACAUCCCAGAUACUUCCUGGGACCUGCAGGUCGGCUUCGUAAAGCCCUACCUGCUUCUGGGUUCCCAGGAUGCUGCACACGACUUUGGCACCCUGAGGAAACACAAGGUUUCGCACAUCCUGAACGUGGCGUUCGGCGUGGAGAACGUGUUUCCGGACCUGUUCAUCUACCGGACCGUCAGCAUCCUGGACCACCCUGACGCCGACCUGCUGCAGUGCAUGCGGGACUGCUGCGACUUCAUCCAGCGGGCGCGCAAAGAGAAAGGCGUUGUGUUGGUCCACUGCAACGCUGGUGUGUCCCGCGCCCCGGCUGUUGUCAUCGGCUACUUGAUGUCAUGUGACGGACGGUCCUUUGAAGACGCGCUCUCACUGGUGAAGUCUGCCCGGCCGGCCUCCUCUCCCAACCCCGGCUUCCUGGAACAGCUGAGAAACUACAAACCGCCUACAGUGAACGGCUCCAAAGACUGAAGGCUGGUGAAGGUCAUACAGUCCGACGAGAAAUCUCUGUGAUUGCAAUAAAACAUU